AUGAGCUUGUCUGCCGACUUUCUUUCCGACAGCGACUCUGAUAACGAACGUGACUAUUCAUACGUGAGGCCUACGCUAGCGCGGAAAAAAGUUCAAAGGAACGAAAAGCUAGAGGUUUCUAGUUUCAAAGAACAUGGUCAAUUGAUUUAUCCGACACAGGAUAGAGAUAAUCUAGAAUCACCCAAGCUAGUUCUGCCGGUAAAAGCUCGAUAUAAUUAUGACUUCGAGGUUUUAGAGAAGGAGCAGCGUAUGGGUAGACCGGAAGAAGUGAUUGACAAAACAUCAACUCGUGAAACAUAUGCAUUGGACGAGCCCCAUGAGUGUCUCUCGGACCCUUCUGAAGGGCUGCCGAGAAUCAAAUCCCCAAAAAAAGGCGGACAGGAUUUAACAUUUGAGUAUGGGACUCCCGUAGACGGAUAUAGGUUCGUAGGCAGCAGAACCGAUUACGCAACAUUCAUUAGAUCAACAGAACCAUCAUCAUCCACACAAAGUCAAGCCUGCUCUGAGGAGGAUCUAUCGAGAGACAUCAGCUUUGAUCAAAAGUCUCAAUCUGGUAAGACCUUGGACAUCUCUUUGUACAUGAAUCGUGACAGCGCUAAGUUAAGAAUACCAGUUGAGGGAGCGCCUUUUUUGGAUGAUGUCAAGAUUGAGAGCAUCGAAGAAUCUAGGAUUAGUCGUUUUCUUGAAAAGUGCGCUGUUCACCAGGAACAGGUAUUACGAGAGCUUUUGAAACAGGAGAGAAUUGCUUGGCAUCCCGAUAAGGCUCAAAGAUCAAAUGACGAAGCAAAGUCGCAGAACUUGAUCAAGGUCACCAGAAUUUUCCAGGCGAUAAAUAGCUUAUGGGAGAAAACUCAAUAA